AUGACAGUCCCCCGCCAGCAAGACGCGCCUCCCAACCCAUCAGCUAUCUCCACCGCCCAUGAACCCCCCACAACACCCUCCCUGCCGAAAGACUACAAGAAAGUCGUCAAAUCUCUCAUUCGCCGGCGCGACAUAAGUCUAGAAGUCAAGAUCGACCUCUGGAAGCGAUUUGUCGAGUACGAAGCCUGCGUGGAUGAAGAGAGCCAUAAUAAUGACGAAGAAGAGCCUGUCUUUACCAAUACCAACGCGACAACGGUGGGUGAGAUUGGGCCGGAUGUCGAGAUGCCGGUUCCGUGGAUGGAAGACAUGCCGAACUUUGGUAGUGGUAAUGGCGAUUUAUGGUAUCAUGGGGGGGAUGGAGAUAGCGGGUAUGAAGGGAAUGGGAGUCAUAGUGUUAAUGGAGUUGAGCAGGUCGAGGGAGACGAAGCUAUGGAUGAUGAAAUCGCUACUACCAUCAGCAAGGGUAACAACCAGGAGAAGGACGACGGAGAUAACAGCAAUGAGAAUGGAAAUGGAAAUCGCAGCCUCGACGCCACAGCUCCCAUCUCGGGGGCAGAGAACAUCGCAGUCGUCACCUCCAAUGGUAACCAAGAAACCAACACCGACGUCGCCAACACCACCCAACACCCCGACCCCCACCCCAACCUCUCCAACCCACCCGACCUGCCAAACAACCCAACCACAACAUUCACCCAAGUCCGCUCCGACAUCCGCUCCUACUUCGCCACCCUCGCCGAGCGCGAGCGUCUCCUCGCCUCUCGAGAAAAAUGGCUUGCUAACCGCGCAGAAGCGCUAUGGAGGAAUGCGCAGGUUUUGGCGGGAAUAUUGGGGAGGGGGGUUGAUAGGAAGGAGAGGAAGAGGGUUAUGAGGGAGUUUGGGGGGGAUGAUGGGGGUGAAGAGGAGGAGGAGGAGAGGGGGAGGAAGAGGACUAGGCGGGUUUAG